AUGACAGCUUCACGGCGAGCCGACCUGAAGCCCAAAGAACGAUGCGCCUCUCUGACGGAGUUUUGCGGAUCCGACGGACGACACAUGAUGGGAGAGUUGCCAUGCCACUAUGCCCUCCUCUGUCAUCUUCUCCAAAUCUGUCUGCGCACACCUCCAUUCUUUCUCUGCCACUUGAGAAUACCUUUUAUCUGCUUGCUUGGUUGUACUUCCUGUUGCUGGCAUCCGCCCUCUUGGCUGCAUGCAUGUUUGUGUGAGAUGUUUAUUUUUUAUGUUCAUGCCUGUCUUUGUCGCUUUGUCCGCAUCCACGCCUGCAUGUUGGGCUGUUUUGUGUUCGGCCGAUCAGUCGUUAAUGCCAUGGUCGCUAUCGCGAUCGAGGCGAGAACAAUCUCAUCUGUUCGUCUAUUGACUCGUACGUCUCCCACAGGCAACCAACCACCACCACCAACACCAACACUACCACCACCACAUGUGGUAUCUCCCUUCCUCCAUCCGUCCAUCCAUUACUUGAGUGCAUGA